CUGGCGGGGCCCGGGCGGCUCCUCCCGCGCGGGGGCGGGGCGGUGUCAUGGCGGGGCGGCGGGAAGCAGCCCCCGCAGCCCCCGCAGCAGGAGGAGGAGGAGGAGGAUGAUCUCUCGGUACGCACGGAAGCCGGUGCCGCACGGAGCCGCGGAGAUACAAGGGCUUCCCAAACACGCCCUGCGGCAUCACCCGCUGCCGGAACCCCCAGCUGAGCUGUGCCCAGCUGCCCCCGGGCUGGGAAAACGUGGAGAGAGCUCCAGGGAGCCUGAAGCCUGGAAGGAAUCUGGUAGCCCUCCUGUCACCCCAGCUGAUGGUGGGAGUUCCUGGUGUGCUAGAGGGAGCUGUGCUGACACCCCCACUGAAGGCAGCUCUGUCUUCUCCUGGGGCUACGAUGAAUUUGAUAAAGCUGCCACACAACAAGUUGAGCAAAUGUUCAGAGACAUUGAUGAGUUUCUCUACGAGCAGAAGGACAAUGUGCAUGUUGAGGGACUGCGGGAGGAAUGCCAGCAGUGGACAUCCUACUUCCCUCACCUCAGGGUUGUGGGGAGGCAGAUUGUGAUCCCCACGGAUGAAGGGUAUGGCUGGUAUUCGAGUUCACCUUCGGGCAGUUCGGUGUCCGCAGACGUAAGUUCACCUCGAGAAAAAGAUUCCAGUGAAAUGAGUGUUUUUGGCAAGAAGGUCCCUCUUGCUGUUACCCCCCUUCACAAAAGGGCAACCCGCUCCACGUCUCCGACCUCGUGCUCUCCAGAGAGUGAGGAAGGUGAAGAUGGAGUGAUUGUCUCUGAAGGCAUCGUGGAGGAAUAUUUUGCAUUUGACCACAGAGAUGUGGAGGAGGAGCUGCAUGAGAGGAAAAUGGGGCUCUCCUCUGGUAGACGGAAAUUGGGGUUUCCUCCUGUCUCUCCAUAUUCCUGCAUGAAGGAUUCUGUGCUCACGUUCGUGUUUGAUGAUGUGUGGAGUGAAGUCCUAGGCUGCAUGGAAGAGUUAAUCUGCAGACACUGGGAAGGGUCAGCCUCUGAUGACGAGAAAAAUAUUUUAACAGUAGAAACCAUCAGAGCAGAUGGUGGAAGGCCUCUGCAGCUUGAUCCUCUGCCAGCUUUGUUGCCUCGUGUGCCACACACGAAAAUGCCCCCAGUGGCAGCAGAUGUGUGCCCAAAAACCAGAUGUGGCCGCAAAAGCAAAAAGAGGAGAAAAGCACCUCAAGUGAAUGUCUCCCAAGGGUCAAGUAGUGGCUCUCAACACAAUCUAAAUGGCUUGAUGGUGAUUCAUGGGAUCCAGUUACAGCAAAGGAAUCUGCCUGCAGUGGAGAAAACACUGGAGCUGGAUGACAGACGGCCAGGCUCCAGUGCCACCCUCUCCACCAGGGUGUGGCCAAAUCGUCCCCUGGAGCUCAGCACAUCAUCCCUGUCACGACCCACCAGGAGGUGGAACCCACCACCACGGACCCUGCACCCCAUCCACAUGAGCCCCUCUCGCACCGGGACCCCGGGGUCCGUGGACGAGCUCUUCAGAGGAACCCGACUUCUGACUGCACAGGAGCAGCUCACCUCACCCUCGCCACUGCUGCUGAACAGAAAUACUCUGCUGCCACCCAUCCCCACCAGCUCUGGGGCAGAGCACGCGAGCGCUGCAGGAUCCCAGAGGCAAAUGAAAUCUCGAAGGAGCUCCAGUCGGGCUCAGAGUGUGACAACCCAAGAAGAUCCCCACCAGCAGCUGCUCAUCUUGCCUGAUCACCUCUCCAGGCCCAACACAACCACUGCCUUCUUGCCAGACCCACAGCACCGCCGUUCUUGCACGGUUAUUGAUUAUAGCAAUCAGUCCUGGACAAGGAGAGGAUCAGCAGGUUCAGGUCUUCAGCUGCACAGUUCUGUGAAAGGCCACAGACGAAGUGGGUCAGUGACAAAAAGCAAACAGGGAUUCUGACAUGCCCAGAAGAAGUGUCCGUCCAUCUCCAGAGAGUCAUGGACCACCUCUCAUUCUCAGCAAUGUCAACACUGUUUACAGAGAGUUCUCAAACACCCUGCCCCGUGGAUAGUUAUUUUUAUAUAAACCUAAGCAGCAGCUGCCAAAGAUUAGAAGGGGUAUAGUUAAACGUUCCGUUUCCUGCCAGUAGAAGAAGUUAUACUCCAGUGGAAGGGUCAGUAUAAUCCAGUGAAGAGUGAAGCCUAACUCCUAAAAAAAUAUCUAGCAAACCCUCUCAGACCUUGCUGGUUUUCCCACCACUGGCUUGUGACUGGUUCAUGUUGUUACAGGCAGGUACUGCAGGACCUGCUGGUUUCACCCUUAGCUCUACAGAAGAUGAACCCCACCUUCCUUAGCAGUAGUAAUUUAAAUAUGUAAAGGAUAUUUAUAUGUUCAAAGCAAUAUUGUACUUCAAAAGCAAGCACUGCACCUGAUACUGCUUCUACAGCUCAGACAAGCUAUGAAUCCUGUAGUAAUUUGCAGCAGGUAUUAAUACAGUUGUGUAAAAAUAUGGUAGCAAACCAGAAGAACAGAACUGAGCAUAGGUAGCACACCCCUGACUUGUCCACCCCUUCCUCAGUGACUGACAGGUUUAAGAGGCAAAAAGGAGUCCUUGAAUGCAAGUAGUUCCACACAGUAUUCAGAGAAAGUACAUUGUCUUCCUGGGGAGCUAUGCUAUGGUUGUUUCACAGAAGAGGUCAGUCUCCCUCCCUAGAAACACCUGCAACUAACUCUACAUGAUUCCUGCACCUUGCCAUGAAGGUCCACAACCCACAGAUGCAACGUGUUCUGCACUGUGUGAACACCAGGGAUACUCCCUGCACUUGCCCUUGUGGCUCCAAAGAAGGCAAAAACAUAAAAUACAGGCUUCUCAAAAUAAAUGAUUAGUUGAAGGUCUUACUCCCAAGCAGUAAGCACCAGGCUACAAGUGUAAAGAACAAGGUGAGGAUAAGAACUUACUGUACUUCAACAAAGUUAGGGCACAGCACAAAAACAGUUGUUCCUUUAUACUCCAGUUAAAGAGUUUUGCUACAUUUCCUUAUUAAUAGCUUCCAAAUGGAAGAAACUUGUCAGUAUUCUUUAUGGAGGCUGCUCUAUUUCCCCUUUCUAAGUUAUGCAGUCUAUCAAAUGUUAGUGGCAUGCACAGAACAGCUCAUCAUUUUUCAUCAAUAUUGAAGGCCCUGGGUCCAGUUGAUCCAAACAUCCUUUCACCAAGGAGGGAAAAGAAAGCAAAGCUGUGCAAAUGGAACUGGGUUAACUUUCCUUUGCAUUUCUAGAGGGAAUAAAGAACUCUGGGCUCAAGUUAAGCCUCUUAAGUUUGCACACAGACAAACUGAUGCUAAAGAGAGGUAUCUAUUCACUAAAUCCUUUCAAAAUACAAUUUAUUUUAACAGCAGUAAAGCCUACUGGCACAUUGUACAGUGUGUCAUUUAGUUAUCUCAAGCUAACUGGAGGUAAGCACCCUGUUUGUAUCAGUGCCAUUCCUCAGGGACCAAGUUAGUUUUCUGUACCCCUGGUGCAUGAGUUGCAACAAUAUGCAAAUAAACUGGAACAGGUUUCUGGUAACAUCAGGUAGUAGUUUGUAGAGUUGGUCUGUUUAAAAAGUGAAAACAGUCUCAUGGAAAGGUAAUUUUUCAUUUCUGUACAAAUGGUUACACCAGAGGCUUCUCCUGGGCUGUCAGGGAUCUAUUUUGUGUAGCAAAAGUCACGUUCAAGCCUGGUGUUAAUGCAACAUAACAAUACAAUAUGCUGUACUCUCUCAAAA